AUGGUGUUUGACUUCGAGGCCUUCGUGGAAGAGCCUUCCCUUGAGGAGUUGAACAAAUGUAAAAAGAAAGACCUCAUAGCACUUGCUGUGCAUUUUAAUAUUUUAUAUUCCAAACAGAGCAGAAAGGACGAGAUCCGGGCGCUGCUUGUGGAUGGCUUGGUGGAGUUGGGCCUGCUCUCGCAACCAGUGGCUUCUGAGGGGACUGAUGAGAGUAUCGUGCCUGCGGGAACCCCAAAGCGGGAGGAGAAACCUGGACCUUCAGAUGGUUCUCCCCCUGGGACAAAGAGAGCGGGCGCGGGGGUUGAUGAACCGCCUAACCCACAGUUCACCCUCCCCCGGUAUGACCCACACUCUCCUCCCACCUCUCCUCGGUCCUUGGAUGCUGCCCGACGCGCUGUGCGCCUGGCCCGCAUUAAAAUGGAAGCUGAGCAGAAGGAACGGGACCGCAGUGCCGAGCUCGAAUUUCAGGUGCGCAAGCUCGAGAUAGAGGCUGACAAAGACGUCAAACUGCGCCGCCUUGAGCUGGAGGCUGAAGGUCGUCUCCCUCCCAGUCCUACUCCCGGCCCUGGACCCACCGCGCAGGCUGCAGCCCACUCCCCAUCCGUUCACGGCGGCGCCCUCGAUGCGGGCCUGACAGGCCUCGCGCACCUGCUCCUAGGCCUACUUCUCCGAGGACUGACAGGACGGGCCCGGACGAAAGGGAAUGCUACUACUGUCGCACUGCUGGGCAUCUUGUUGCCACAUGUCCUGUACUCAGACGCAGACCAGGCUCUCCUAAACCUAAAGGUCUUGGGCUAA